CCGGGCAGUACCGCCUCCGCGGGGCCCUGGCAGCGGCACAGAGCCAUGCAGCUCCUCGGCGGGAUGCCGCCGGCGCGGCUCUUCCUCGCCCUUUGCGUCUGGAGGCUGGUGCCGCGCCGGGAGGCCGCAGGAACAGAUGAAGUGGUCUUUGGGCAGGUGGGAGGAAGCAUCCUCCUUUUAUGCCGGAAUGUGUCCAAGGAAGCCACCGAGGUGGUCUGGUUCCAAGGGGAUCCGCACUCCUUCCCACCUCUCUUCUCCUCGAGGGUCUCCUUCCCCCCGGACGUCCGCUUUUCCCUGGUGGACAACAGCUCCCUGAGCAUCACAGAGCUGCGUGUGCAGGACGAGGGCAACUACACCUGCAGGGAAGUGCUGAACAAGACGGACCAUGAGCACAGGGUGCAGCUCCUCGUGGCCAAUCCACCACAGGCGACCCCCAAGUGCUGGGCUGAGACCUCCUCGUCAGGGCUGAUGCUGCAGCUGUUCUGCAGCUGGCCCGGGGGGUACCCCCACCCCACCCUGCACUGGAGAGAAGAGGGGCAGGAUUUGGAGAACUCCAGCUGGGUCAUCAGCUCCACCAGCUCCUCAGACACCCACGUGGAGACGCUGAACAGCUCCCACCUCUCCCACCGAAAGGUCUUCAAGUGUGUGGGCAGCCACGUCGUGAAGCAGGAGCAGCCUGCCUGCACUGUGGAGAUAAAACUCCCUUCCUUGGAAUCUGAGCCCCCCCAGACGUGCUUUGUGGGUGACAAUGUGACCCUGACCUGCCGGGUGACCGAGAGCACCCCGGCAGCUCGGCUCAGCUGGCUCCGGGACAUCACGCAGCCCGAGGUGGAGAUCCAGCCUGGGGGGAGGUUCCUCAUCGCCCAGGAGGGCAACGUGUCCCGGCUCACCAUCCAGAACUGCUCCCAGGGCACUGACGGCGGCUGCUACGUCUGCAAGGCGCAGAACCCCGUGGGGCUCAGGGAGCUCUUCGUCUGCCUCACGGUGAAGCAGCCAGUGAACAUCCUUGGGGUCGUGGGUGCUGUGGUGGUGCUGUCCAUCCUGGCUGUUCUCACCGUCACCGGCGUUGUGUUGUACUACAAUCCCCUCCUGUGCCUCAGAGGUGCUGCGUUCAGGAAUGCAGACUCUGGGGAUGUCUUAGUGCUGGUGGACUCUGAAGAUGAUGAGGAGGGGAAGGGGUCCGAGGAGGCCCUGAGCAGCUGCACCGAGCACGAGGCCAUGGCGCUGGUCAGUGGCAGCAGGGCCCAGGCUGCUCACCUGAAGCACCUCAGGGAAGGUGACGAUGACGAGCUCCAUGGCGGGGUCUCUCCACAGGAAGUGAGAGAAGAGACACGAGGCUCAUAGCUUCUGUUCCUUCUUGAGGAAGCACAUGGAGCUCCAGCUGGAAUCCAGCAUCAAGCAGGCCCUCACUGUGUGUGGCUGAGCACAGGCUGUCGGUGUCCUGUCCCAGGACACUUCAGGGAGAGCCUUCCCACCUCUUUCUGCACCUACCCUUCCACAGUUUCACUCUGUCCUUCACCAGCCAUUUCUUCUCUUCCAUUUUCCUCCUUGUCUUGGGUGUCCCUAAAACAAGGUGACAUCCAGCACAGGCAGAGCAUGGGAACACCCCCUCACUUCGAUGCCUGUGACAGACUCAAAUUCCUCUGUGAGGUUCUGGCUCAGUCCCCAUGAGCAGCUCGGGGAUGGAGAAAGUCACCAGGGGGUGACUGCAGCCAGUGGUCCUGGGGCAAGGGAAGAAACAAGGGGUGUGUGGGCAGGAGGUGGGUGAUGCUGGCUCUGAGGAGGCUGAGUUGUUUGUAUUAUAAAUAUUUCUCCUGUA